AUGGAGGGCGUGCACUGCGACAAGCACGACUGCAUAAUCGAGAACGUGUGGUGGGAUGACGUGUGCGAGGACGCCCUCAGUGUCAAGAGCGGAACGGCGUCCAGCGUGACCAAGGUCAUCGGUGGCGGGGCCCGGUACGCCGACGACAAGGUCAUCCAGCACAACGGCUUCGGUACGGUCGACAUCGACGGCUUCUACGGCGAGGACAUCAGCAAGCUCUACCGUUCGUGCGGCACUUGUGGCAACAGACCCAAGAAGGUGUCCGCGUCCAACACGUACGUCCUCAACCCGACCAACGCCAUCGUGACGGUCAACAAGAACUGGGGCGACCAGGCCACACUCCGCAACGUCUGGGUCAAGUCGAGCAAGCCCACCGUCAAGGUGUGCCAGUGGUCGCAGGGUAACGCCAACGGUGAGCCCAAGAUGCUGGGCCACGGUCCGUCCAACCCUCUGUGCAAGUACUCGGAGAGCGACCAGACCGUCAAGAACACGACGGCUUCCGUCCCGGACGGCACGUGGCCGGCCAGCACGGGCAUCGUCCGCUACAAGAAGCCGUACACGAUCAAGGCCGGCGAGGUGUUCGAUGGCAAGAUGCAGAUCUUCGAGCGCUCGGACAUCACGUGCUCGGGUGGUGAGGGCCAGAAGGACACGGCCGUCUUCCUCGUGGAGGCUGGCGGCACUCUGAAGAACGCCAUCAUCGGCAAGAACCAGAAGGAGGGCGUGCACUGCGACUACCACGACUGCACCAUUGAGAACGUGUGGUGGGAUGACGUGUGCGAGGACGCGCUGAGCAUCAAGGGUGGCUCGGCGUCCAGCGUGACGACCGUGACCAACUGCGGCGCCCGCUACGCCGAGGACAAGGUGGUACAGCACAACGGCUACGGCACCGUCAAGAUCAAGGGUUUCUUCGCGCAGGAGUUCGACAAGCUCUACCGUUCAACGUGUACGCCAUCGACCCGCUCGUGA